CCCAAUUAGAAAUAGACCACAUGACGCAUUUUUGAUUGGUUGGUGCGAAAUUCAUCGUGCUUGUGUCUCAAUCCCACUUUGACGAUUGUCAUUUGUCAACAUAACCUUAACAUUUCAAACAAACAAACCCACUUUUUAUGGCCUAAAAUGGCCCUGAUUUGCCGAGCUUGUCUUCAGAGCGUAGAGAAAAGCUCAUAUUUUUACAUAGAUACUUUCGAUAAUUCCCAAAUUGUGAAUGCUAUUCCAAAAGAUGUGCUUCUGUUGUGUGUUCCAGAGAUGGAUUUGUACAUUUCGGAACAACCCGGUGUCUGUAGCGAAUGCUUGACAAUGUUUGAAGCAUUUUAUAAUUUUAAAAACAAGUGUUUGGCUUCCGAAGAUAGAAUUUUGUCUUACUUGAAAAAGAACAAAGUUAACUCUCAGUGUAAAGUCAAUUUGACUUGUGUUCUGUAUGAUGUGUCAGAACACAUGUUGUACAGCCCCGAUGAACCUGAAAAUACUAAAGCCUUGGCUCAGCUCGAAGGAAAUGGGGAGGUAGAUUUAAUCAAACUGAGAAGCGUCAGUCCAAACUCCGAACUUCCAAAAACCGACGAGAAAGAAGUCCUCCUUUUAUCAUGUAACGAAUGUUCCUUUGUCACGAUGGAUAAAGAAAAAUUAGUGAAUCACAAAUGCAUUGCUCUCACCACAGCUGAUAAGUACAAAUGUCCCUACUGUGAAUACUCUACGAGUCGCCGUUACCGACUGAGUUACCAUAUUAACGCCAAACAUACCAAAACCACUUGGUACGAUUGUAAACAAUGUGAUUAUAAAACUACUGAUUCGAGUUCUUUGCGAAGACAUGAGAAAGUUGUUCAUAUGGUGGUGGAUGAAGGAGCUCCUGUGUUUAACUGUAAUGUAUGUGAGUUUAAAACUAAUUCUGAAGUGUCUUUACAGAGACAUAACGCGAAACAUGGUCCUGUUGUACAGGUUUGUACUAUUUGUAAUUACCAAACUAAAGAUAAAAGCAAUUUUCGAAAACAUACUUAUAUUCAUGGGGAUAAACCCAGGAAGUGCACAAAAUGUAACUACCAGUGUGUGUCUCCAUAUCAGUUGGAGAGACACUAUAAGAGAAGCCAUGUUUGAGACUGAUUUUUUUUAUUUUUGAUUGAAAUUUUACGCUUAUAUAUAUUUUUUGUGCAAUUAUUUGAUUAAAAAUAAAUAUAAGGUAACUAUGAUGAUAGCAGCCAGGACCGGCUUCAGACAAUAAGCACUGGCAAUUUUUGUAAUGCGUCUAACGGCUUACGUCAGUCUGAAUCCGGUUUUGACAGUAGUAGCAUGGCCAACUGUAUCUGUAUAUGCGGAGCAUACAGAAAGUGGAACCAUCUAAGCUCUCUUUUAAAAGUCUACAUUGUUUACGUUCUCAGAAAAUGAAAACAGACUAUAAAAUAAUUGUUAUUAUUAUUUGUGAUAUUAUGUGAUAAAAAUAUAUUUGUUUUGUGUCAUGUCUUUAGAUAUAGUAUCAAAUAUCUACGCUACCAGAAUGCUCUUAUGCGUUGUUACGAAAGUUCAAUACAAAACCAUUUAAUUCAAUUUUUUAAUAUUAUGUUUUAAUUUUGAUGGUAGUUUAAGCAAUAUUUUAAGAAUCCAGUAUCAGUUAUUUGUGACAGUGUGUAUUGCCAAUGGUUAACAGUUAAUUUUUUUUAUGUUUCAAGCGACCAUGUAUGCGAUUGAAGUAUAUAGAUAAAGUUGGCCAUGGUAGUAGUAGAGAAAAAAGUAGGGUUAGAGCUUGGGUGAUUCUAACCCUACUUUUAUUUUUUAGCAAUUUAACUGCCACCUAUUUUAAGUCUUACAUAUCUCCAGAUGGAUAUGUUUUCUUAUUCUGAUACAAUAUCAGGGCUUGCACAAUAGAUUCUCCAAUGAAAAAUUAAAGUUCCUCUUAUUUUUGAUGACUGUUGAUAGUAUUAAAAGUUGAAUGUCGUACGUCGCUGUAGCGUAGUUUUUUUUUAUUCUUCACAUUUAUUGUCGACUACAAAUGUACUUAUUGUCUAG